AUGGCGUCGGCCAUCUUCUUCCUGGACUUGAAGGGCAAGACCAUUCUUUGCCGCAAUUAUCGCGGCGACAUUCCCAUGUCCGCUGUUGAGAAAUUUCCUGUCCUCCUCAGCGAAGCCGAAGAAGAGAGUUCUGCGGUACCUCCUUGCUUUUCUCACGAGGGAAUCAAUUACCUCUACAUUCGUCACAAUAACCUUUACCUUCUUGCUCUAACGAAACGAAACACUAAUGCGACCGAGAUUCUACUCUUCCUCCACAAGAUCGUGGAGGUCUUCACGGAGUACUUCAAAGAGCUGGAGGAGGAGAGUAUCCGGGACAACUUUGUUGUCAUCUAUGAACUGCUGGACGAAAUGAUGGAUUUCGGAUACCCCCAGACCACCGAGAGCAAGAUAUUGCAAGAGUAUAUCACGCAAGAGUCGCACAAAUUGGAAGUCCAGGCCCGACCGCCGAUAGCUGUCACAAAUGCUGUCUCGUGGCGAAGUGAAGGCAUCCGGUAUCGCAAGAACGAAGUGUUCUUGGACGUCAUCGAGUCGUUGAAUCUUCUCGUAUCCUCGAAUGGCAACGUCUUGCGUUCCGAGAUCCUGGGCUCGAUCAAGAUGAAGUGCUACCUGAGUGGUAUGCCAGAGCUUCGUCUCGGAUUGAACGAUAAGGUCAUGUUUGAAACCACGGGCCGGGCCACUAGAGGUAAAGCCGUCGAGAUGGAAGACGUCAAAUUCCACCAAUGUGUGCGACUCUCGAGGUUCGAAAAUGAUCGGACGAUCAGCUUCAUUCCACCCGACGGCGAAUUCGAGCUCAUGAGCUACCGCCUAAACACGCAGGUCAAACCCUUGAUCUGGGUGGAGUGCUUGGUGGAAUCGCACUCGGGUUCACGGAUUGAGUACAUGCUAAAGGCCAAAGCGCAGUUUAAGCGCCGAAGUACCGCCAACAAUGUGGAGAUCCUGGUUCCUGUACCGGAAGACGCGGAUUCACCACGUUUCCGGACGAACAUUGGAUCGGUGCAUUAUGCGCCCGAGAAGUCGGCGAUCAUUUGGAAGAUCAAGCAAUUUGGUGGCGGCAAAGAAUACUUGAUGCGUGCCGAGCUUGGCCUGCCAUCGGUCAAAGGCGACGACGAACAUGGCGGCGGCAUGACAGGAGGGUUUGGGGGCAGCAUGGGUGGUGCGGGCCAAACAGCCAAGGGCAAGAGGCCCAUCAAUGUCAAGUUCGAAAUCCCGUACUUCACCACGAGUGGCAUCCAAGUCCGGUACUUGAAGAUCAUUGAGCCGAAGGUGAGUUCUGCAAUUUCCUCCUUUGUCCUUAUGCAUGAACUAUCAUACCCCCCACCCAUCGUGUCUGCAUUGCAUUGCAUCUGGUCCGCGCUGGUUCGAAGCAGCCGAGGCGACAGAUUGCCUUUCCUCUAUGCCACGGGGCCCUUCGCCGACCAUGACUGGUCUCGCACAGGGGUGCGAGAGCACCGGGUGAAGGAAUUUCCCGUUCCCUCUUUUUUAUCCCUUGACGUCCGACCCCUGUCGUGA